CACAGUCAUAUUUCAUGUUGUGAAUAAUAUGAUAUAUAAUAGAAUAUUUUAUUUAUAAUUUAAUGAAAUCACUAUUAAAAAACAUUUAAAAGAAGUUAAAAUAACACAUAGCCUGCCCGUACAAUGCCUGUAUCUUGUAGAGCAAAUUGUGGGAAAAAUGCUGUAUUAAAAAGGCCAAAAACGGGUGAUGCUCUUUGCAAGGAAUGUUUUUAUUGGGCAUUUGAAUCUGAAAUACACUACACAAUUACAAAAGGAGAGCUAUUUAACAGGGGAGAUUCAGUAGCUGUAGCUGCAUCUGGUGGUAAAGACUCCACUGUACUUGCACACAUUUUAAAAACCCUUAAUGAGCGACAUGAUUAUGGAUUGAACUUAAUGCUGCUAUCUAUAGAUGAAGGUAUCACUGGAUACCGUGAUGAUAGUCUUGAGACUGUGAAACAGAAUCGUGAUGAUUAUAAAAUGCCUUUAAAAAUAUUAUCAUACAAAGAGUUGUAUGGAUGGACAAUGGACGAAAUUGUAGCACAAAUUGGUAGAAAGAACAACUGUACUUUUUGUGGUGUAUUUAGAAGACAGGCGCUAGACCGGGGAGCGGCGAUGCUGGGUGUCAAGUGUAUAGCCACUGGCCACAAUGCAGAUGAUAUAGCCGAGACAGUUCUGAUGAAUGUACUGAGAGGAGACAUUGCCAGAUUGAAAAGAUGCACAGCCAUAACAACAGGCAGUGAGGGCACUAUACCAAGAGUAAAACCACUCAAGUACACAUAUGAAAAGGAAAUUGUAAUGUAUGCACAUUACAAGAAGCUAGUUUAUUUUUCAACUGAGUGUGUUUUUGCACCAAAUGCCUACAGAGGCCAUGCCAGAGCUCUGCUGAAGGACAUGGAGAAGAUAAGGCCUGCUUGCAUUAUGGACAUUAUAUACUCUGGUGAAACAAUGACAAUAAAAGAAGAAGUCUCACUACCAUCACAGAGGGUGUGUGUUAGGUGUAAUUUUGUCUCAUCUCAGGAGGUCUGUAAGGCUUGUGUUCUUCUAGAAGGUCUCAAUAAAGGAUUACCAAAACUUGGCAUUGGUAAGAGUUCAAAGGCAAAGAAAAUGCUUCAAGAAUAUCAUAUGAAGCAGACAGAGAGUAGCAACUUGAAAGAAGCAAUUUCAGAGUUGGACGAUAGUGGUGGCAAUCGUGUAACAGAAGAUAAAAAUAGUAUAUCAGGAUUGUGUAGUAGAAAAAUUAAUGGUGUUACUAAAAUUGAUAGUUUAAGUAAAAAUGUAAACAAGUGCAAUAGUAAGAAUUGUUGUUCAAGAAAAUAUGAUAAGGAAAAUGAUCAGACACAAGAAUCUCUUAGUAAUGCAAAAGUUAAUUCCUUACUAAAAGAGUAUGGAUUAGCAGAUACAACAACUGACAAAGUGGAAUCGAAUUUAGAAACUAACGAGCUUAAUAUUGAUCCUGGUGAUCCAUUGGAGAAUUCUGAAGAUGAACAGUCCCAUGUAGAUGAAGAUGACACAUGUUCUGCCUCAUGCGGUAGAAUGGGAUCGUUACAAAUUGGAUUCUAACAAUAAAAAUAUAUAUUUCAAC